AUGUGUAGAGCAUAUCAAUGGACUGGUCAAGUUUCGGCUCUUGAGUAUAUUAAGACACAAUUCCAGUCGGAUCCAUCCCGUUUUCGGGCUGGCUACGUUCAUCAAUCCCUCUUUAUCUUGGAAAACGAAACACACGGAAUCUUCGCGAGUGUGCCUAGUACUUUCAUCUAUCAACAUUUCGCAACAAUCAUGGGAGAUGAUGUCCACCCCCUCCCCCCUUUCAUCCAAGUCCCCAAGCGCAAAUGCAUGCGACUCAGAAGUAAUAAAUUAGACCUUGAGAGAACUCCAUACAUGUACUCUGUUUCUCCUCUAAACAUAACUUGA